AUGUUUCAUUCGUUAUAUCAUUUAAUUCUUUCGCUUUCAAUACCAAUAUUUGUUUCAGGGUUGUCUAAUAGCACAGCCGACUUUCAGUACAAGGGUGUAAGUAUUGGUGGUUGGCUAGUCCUCGAGCCGUAUAUCACCCCGUCACUUUUCAAGGAUACGUUAUCCCAUGACGAAACUGAAAAAGAUCUUCCAGUGGAUGAAUACCAUUAUUGCAAAAAGUUGGGCCACGACGAGGCAGCAAAGCGUUUGGACCAUCAUUGGAGCACAUUUUAUAAAGAGUCAGAUUUCAAGGAGAUUCGUGAUCAUGGAUUGAAUAUGGUCAGGAUUCCUGUUGGCUACUGGUCUUUCAAAAAGUUUGACGGUGACCCUUAUGUCUCUGGGGCACAAGACUUCCUCGACAAGGCAAUUGAAUGGUGUUCAAAGCAUGAUUUGAAAGUCUUGAUUGAUUUGCAUGGUGCCCCCAACACUCAGAAUGGAUUUGACAAUUCAGGAUUGAGAAAUAUUGGGUACCCUGGGUGGCAAAAUAAAACAGAAUAUGUUGAUCACACCAUUGAAGUUUUGCAACAGAUUUAUGAAAAAUACGGAACCGGUGAAUAUGCACGUAAUUAUAGCGACACAAUCAUAGGAGUUGAAGUUUUAAACGAACCGUUGGGUCCAAAGUUGAAUAUGACAGACUUAAAAAAGUUUUAUGUGGACUCUUAUAAUGAUGCAAGGGACAUCCAAUCAGUCAAUAAUACCCUUUUGUUUCAUGAUGCUUUCCAAAGUAUGGGCUAUUGGGAUGACUUUUUCUCCAGAGGCCAGAUCAAAUAUCACAAUAGGACACUAAAUAGUACGGCUCAUUUUGAAAACAUAGUAGUUGAUCACCACCAUUAUGAGGUAUUUGGAAAUGUUGUUGCCGAUAAUGUCACUCAACACUUGAAGAAUAUUGAGAAUUAUGCCGCCUCAAUAAGUAAGGAGAAACAUCCAGCUAUUGUGGGGGAAUGGUCUGCGGCUCUAACUGACUGUGCACCAUGGCUCAACGGUAUUGGGUUGGGAACCAGAUACGAAGGUACAGCGCCAUAUGAUACCAAAGCUGCAGGUAAAUGCUCAGAAGUCACGCGGCAUCCAUCCAAAUGGUCUGGCAAACAGAAAAAAGAUUACCGUCGGUUUGUUGAGAUGCAACUCUACCAGUACAACGCUCAUACUAAAGGAUGGAUAUUUUGGUGUUGGAAAACUCAAGGAGAAGCUACCGAAUGGGAUUUUCGGGAAUUGGCACGAUUAGAGAUUAUUCCACAACCAUUAGACGACUACAAAUACAUCAAGAAUGGGAAAGAUACCAGUGGUGGUAAUAUAGCUGGCCCCAAUGGAGCUUUGGUAAAAACAAUGAUUGCAAUCGUUGUGGGGUAUAUUUUAUAG